AUGGAAACACUUGUUAAUCAGUGCGGUGAUGGGAACGCUUGUUAAUCAGUGUGGUGAUGGGAACGCUUGUUAAUCAGUGCGGUGAUGGGAACGCUUGUUAAUCAAAUAGGGUCAUCCUGUUAUAUAAGCGAUGUUUUUUUUUCGUUCUUCUUUCUUCUUUACCUUUUUGGCAAUACCACACACACACACACACAAUUACUAUGGAUCGCGAAUUUAAUGACCGCUUAAACGAACUGCAUGAAGUUAUGACUGAUUUCAUCCGUGAUUAUGCCCCACAGGCACCUACUGCUAUUACCGGCGUCUUAACCGAUAAUGACUUUUUCUUUUCUGGAUUACAGCCAUUGCCUGUAAAUCGAGGUUUCCUCUGUAUGAGCUAUAACCGAUUGAGAGCUCAAAUGAGACACGUACCUCUGCCCGUGCGAUUUGAAGCCAUCCUCACGGAAACGUUCAGUUAUACUAGUGAUCUUAUAGCUGCUCUCUCCCACGCCAUUUCCACCACGACAGAGUCAAUGGGAAUGCCCAUUGCUCUUGUUGCCAAAGGGCAAUUGGAGCUUAAUGCGGUUGUUAGCGAGUAUAUCUUUUUGCAAGGCAAUAUGACAGCUGCACAGGUGCGAAACACCCUUCUUGCGUUGAUCCUUUACGUUACGAAUGACGGGGUGAGAACCGUACGACAACUUGCUUGUAAGUCGUUCGUGUCGAUGAUGUUUUUAAAAUCAUCACCUUAA